GCUUCUAACUUUCAGCUUCCAUUCACUCUUUAGACAGACAGAGAGACAGAGACAGACAGAGAAACAGAGAAAGAUAGACAGACAGACAGACAGACAGACAGACAGACAAAGAGUGUGUGAGAGAGAGAGAUAGAGCGAGAGAGAGAGGAUGGGGUUUGUGUGUGGGUUGUUUCUUCUGCUCACUCUACCUGUGCUGGCUCUGACUGCAGUGGUGACAUCUUUCUCAACAUGUCCUCAGUUUUUUUGGAAAGAUCAAAAUGGAAAGGCUGUCACUCCAACGAUAUUUACACAAGUGACGAAUGGUCAUGAUCGUUACCAGAAGAUCUGUCAGAGAUACCAAAACCUCUAUCAGUUUGCGACUCUUUAUGACACAGCUCACAGGAUCCCGGUGUACUCCGCAUUUACCUUCACAGGCAUUCAGAAGUGCAGCAGAAAGAACAGCUGGCUCAUUGAACCCAGGCUUGACGACAUCAACGGCAGUCCUGAAAUGACCACUGAAAGCAAUGUCAAAAACUUGGGUCAGAAUCAAGCAGUCAAUGAUGAUUAUGUUAAAACUGGAUAUGACAAGGGUCACCUGUACCCCGUGUCUCAGGCAGACGAUCAGUGCACAGCGUUUGCCACCUUCACCCUGACCAAUGCGGCUCCACAGGACCUGCACUCCAACAGGGGGUGUGGAAUCAAAUGGAGAGAGCUGUUCUUAAUUACAUGAAUACAAACUGCCAACUGGAUAAUAAUCAUAUUGCGUACAUCGUGACAGGAACAGUGCCGAGCAAUCCUAGCAAUCUAAUGAACAGAAGGGUGAACAUACCAAAGUACUUCUGGAAUGCCUUUUGCUGCUUUGACAAAAAUUCUAAAAAGUGGGUGUCGAAGGCUCAUAAAGGUCCGAACGACAAGACCGGAACACUCCAGGAACUGAGUCUGAAAGAUCUCGAACCCAUUCUAACCAAAGAUUAUGGUCAGGCGUUCUCUGUAUUCAGAGGAAAAUGCCAAACUGAUAUUAACAAAUCUAUCUAUCAUAAACCCUGAAUUCACAUGAAAGAAACCAAAUAAAUCUCCUUCAAUAUGAAAGCAAUGUUCUUUGAAGAGAGUUAUUAGAGGCUUUUAUUGUCAUUGUUUGCUAAUUACAAAAUUACAAACUCAUUUCCUGUUCCUGAUCUUGACUAUAUUUUGUUCUGUGGUGUGUGUGUCUGUGUGUGUGUGUGCAUUUAUAUCAUGUCAAACUUAUAACCAAUUAUUUAAACAGGAGAAACAAACUCCUGAUAUUUACUAAAUCUAAUUAAAAUCAUCAAAUAGUUGGAAAUCAUUAAAUCUUUAAUUACCAACUAAAAUAUCUGUGUGAUACUUUUCAAAUACUUUGUGUGUUUCAAAUUUAGACCAUCACCCAUAUGGAAGAAACACAGAUGUCCACUAUAUCAUUUGCAUAUAUGGUAAUAUAUUAGACGUAUGUGUUCAUUCCGGAAUCAAAACUUUGACCUAAUUGCAAGCAAAGUUCUGAUGGAGGGGUUGUACCUGUAGAUUUUUCAAUUGGAUGUUUUUGUUUGUUUUUUAAAGCCACACAUAGCCGGCAAAGAUUAAAACCUUUGUUUGUGUUAAGCAAGUAGACGGUCCUUGUUUUGUUUGAGCAUGGGAUGAAUUAUGAUGCAUUAGCACUUACACAAAUGAAAAAUGUACAACAGUACUCACACCUUACUUAAGCAUGUGUAGCAACAAAUGGGAACGGGGAACACACACAUCCUUUUUAAGCACCCUUUAUUCAAUGUCUCCUGUUAAUGAAAACUGUGACAUUCCUAAGCUUUAUUCCUCGACUAUUAAAAAUGAACCU